CUCGAAUCUCGUCCCGCAGAGAGUAAGUAUACGUAUACAAUAGUAGCUACAGCGACUCACGCGAGCGCGCGAGCGAGAGAGACUGACACGGGGAUGCGAUGACGAUGCGGUGGUGCGAGUGCGCGAGUGCCUAGUAUAUCCACACACACCAUACACGCCUGUAUUCAGUUGCGAGUAGCUAAUAGCUGCAGCUCAGGGGAUAUGCAGCUGCAGCGGAACACGGCGGCUGCAGCAGCGGACCGUCCGCGUCGCGCACCGCCAGGACGGCCGAGACGGCACUAGCUGCUGUUCCCCUUCUAUACCUACUCUCAGCGCCGCCGUAUCUACUCUACACUCUGCAUUCCCGAGAAAGCAGCGUACACACGUAUGAGUGCAGCCCGGGACACGCUACAAGCAUUUUCAUAAUUCAGUGAUGAGGUGGUAUCCUAGAAAAUUCAGAAAUAUUUACAAAGAUGACAGAAGUAUCAUCAAAAGAACGUGUUGAGGGUUUACCCAACACACCAGCAAUCAUGGCGGAUACACUACAUCAUUUUGGUAAUCCUCCACCCGACAUCAUGCCCAAGUGUCUAGCGAUCAAUGGCGUAGGGGCUAGGCUACGCCAGCUAGAGGCCCUGUUUGUUGGUGGUCCCGUACAGGGUGGAAGAAUGGGCCACAGUUUCUCUAUUGAAACACUGAUCGACAUUUUGUUAGUUUUAUACGACGAGUGCUGCAAUUCUUCUCUAAGACGUGAAAAGACUGUUUCGGAUUUCAUCGAAUUUGUGAAGCCUGUAGCAACCUGUAUAAAGAGUCUACAGUUGGCUCGCGAGGAUUUCGAAAUUGUUAAAGUUAUUGGGCGGGGUGCGUUCGGCGAGGUAUGCGUGGUCAGGAUGCGUGGCUCAGAUAAGGUGUUUGCCAUGAAAAUUUUGAACAAGUGGGAGAUGUUGAAACGCGCCGAGACAGCUUGCUUCAGGGAGGAGCGGGAUGUGCUGGUUUAUGGUGACAGAAGGUGGAUAACAAACCUUCACUAUGCCUUUCAGGAUGACAAUAAUCUGUACCUGGUCAUGGAUUACUAUUGUGGCGGCGACUUGUUAACUUUACUCAGCAAGUUUGAAGACAGGCUUCCAGAAGAUAUGGCUCGUUUUUACAUAGCUGAGAUGGUGCUUGCAAUUGGGUCUAUACACGAUUUACGAUAUGUACACAGGGAUAUAAAGCCCGACAAUGUUCUACUAGAUGCCAAUGGACACAUACGUUUAGCUGAUUUCGGGUCUUGCCUUCGAUUAUUUGAAGACGGCACUGUGCAGAGUAAUGUGGCUGUUGGUACUCCAGACUAUAUCUCGCCUGAAAUUCUCAGGGCAAUGGAGGAUGGGCAAGGCAGAUAUGGUCCAGAAUGUGAUUGGUGGUCCUUAGGAGUUUGUAUGUAUGAAAUGCUUUAUGGCGAAACACCUUUUUAUGCUGAAUCUCUAGUCGAAACGUAUGGAAAAAUUAUGAAUCAUAAGAAUUGCUUCGAUUUCCCUACUGAUGACAUUUACGACGUUUCCGAAGAGGCUAAGGAUCUCAUGCGAAAAUUGAUCUGCAGUUCAGAAUUUAGAUUAGGACAAAAUGGAAUUGAAGAUUUUAAGAAACACCCAUGGUUUGAAGGAGUAAACUGGGACACUAUAAGGGAUAGUACUGCGCCUUACAUUCCCGAGGUUUCCUCACCAACUGAUACUUCUAAUUUCGACGUAGACGAUACCGACGUACGUAGCUCAGAUGCCGUACCUCCUUCAGCUAAUUCUGCUUUUUCUGCGUUACAUCUUCCCUUUGUCGGAUUCAGUUUCACUCAAGGGAGUUGUAUAUCGGAUUUGAGUACCUUACCAAGUUACUCUCAAAAAGACAAAAACUUAAAGAUGCUCGAGGAAGAGAAUGCGCAGUUGGCACAAACAGUCGCCGAGUUAAAAAAUCAAGUGAGCGCCAGUCAUACGUCACCGACGGUAUCGCCCGACUCAAACAAUGCAACGAGAAAACUUCAAGAUGAAAUAAAUACGCUUACUAAAAGAAAUUGCGAACUAGAAUCUCAACUAAAAUCAUUAGAGGUGCCCCGGGAACUGCGUGCGAUAGAGGGUGGUGACUUGACAAAAAUACGUGAACUGGAAAAAUUAGUGCGUACCCUUCGUUCCGAAAAAGACGAAGCAGUAAAGGAUAAGCAAGAUGCUUUGGAGAGGUUGAAGCUUCAGGACAAAGAACUAAAGGACGCUCUUGCACAGAGGAAAUUAGCCAUGGAAGAGUAUACGGAGGUAACGGACAAACUAUCCGAAUUGCGUCAACAGAAACAGAAACUUUCGCGGCAAGUGCGUGACAAAGAGGAGGAACUUGAAGUGGUGAUGCAGAAGGUGGACAGUCUGCGACACGACAUUCGCAAAGCUGAGAAGUUAAGACGGGAGUUAGAGGGACGAGUAGAGGAGGCGAUGGCCGAGACGAGCAAGGAGCGUAAGUUGCGCGAGCGCAGCGAGGAAUACUGUAAGCAGAUGCAGGAGGAGACGGAAAAGAUCAGACAACGCUCAAUAGGAAAUGACACCAGUGCGAAUCAUGCUCUUGCUACGCAAGAAAUCAAUCGGCUCAAAGCGGAGGUUGAAAAGCUCGAGGUCCAGUACAACGAGAAUCUUAAUCAGCAACAGAGCAGGUACAACCUGGAGUUACGCAGUCUGCAAGAACAGUUGCUCGAAGCGGAGACUCGACGCGAGCUACUCGAGCGAGAAGUACAGCUGACAAAGGAAAAACUGGACAACGCGCGAAUGGAGAAUAUCACGGACAGCGAGGAGACGAUAAACGAACUCAGCCGCAGGUACGAGCGCGAGAAGAUGAUGCUCGCGGAAGAGAACAAGAAACUGAUGCUGGAACUGGGCUCGGUGACGGACAGUGUAAACCGGAUACAAAGCGAAAGACGACAGCUGGAAGAUGAAUACGAGGAACUGAGGAACAAAAAGGAAGCAAUCGCGCAAUGGGAAGCACAGAUCACCGAAAUCAUUCAGUGGGUUUCCGACGAGAAGGACGCUAGAGGAUACCUACAGGCUCUGGCGACAAAGAUGACUGAGGAACUCGAGUUCCUAAAGCACUCCGGAGGUGCUGGUGGUGUUGGUGGCGGUUCGACCAUCACUGACAAGAACUGGCGAAACCGCCGAUCGCAAAAGCUCGACAAAAUGGAACUGCUUAAUCUACAAAGCUCCCUUCAAAGUGAAAUCCAAGCGAAACAACAAAUAUCAGAGGAAUUAACAAAGACCCGUUCAGAUCUCAUAGCAGCGCAAAAAGAACUACGAGACUUUGGACAGCGCCUGGAUUCAAUGUCGCACGAAAUGAAGCGCAAGGAAAUACAGAUAAAAGAUCUUCAAAGCCGCCUAGAUUCCGGCGACGGCUUUUUGGAAAGGCCGACCUCGCAGAUGUCCUAUCUGGAGCACUUCCUCAAGGAGACGGCGGGCAACGCGCGCCACGGCAGCGUCGACAGCGUCGAGGGCGACAUCGAGGACAACCGCGCGCCCAGCAUCGCCAGCAGCAAGAGCAACCUUUCCGAACUUAGCAUCGAUCCAACCUCUCCACUGUCCCACGAGCUCUUGAACAAAUCAUCCGCGAUAUCCCAAGGCCACGCGAAUCUGCAACCAAAGCCAAAGUCGCAUCAGUUCCUGGUGCGAACGUUCACCAAUCCGACGAAGUGUAACCACUGUACCUCCCUCAUGGUCGGUGUCAUCAGGCAGGGCGUCGUCUGCGAGGUCUGCGGCUUCGCCUGUCACGUCCAGUGCUGCGACAAGGUGCCCUCUGUUUGCCCUGUUCCUCACGACCAGACGAAACGGCCACUGGGUAUCGACCCGACGCGCGGUAUCGGCACGGCCUACGAGGGUUACGUAAAGGUGCCGAAAAUGGGUGGCGUGAAGAAGGGCUGGGUACGCCAGUUCGUCGUUGUCUGCGACUUCAAAUUAUUCCUCUACGAUCUGUCGGAUCGCAACGCCAUGGCCUCGGUCUAUGUGUCGCAGGUCCUCGACAUGCGGGACGAGGAGUUCAGCGUCAGCUCGGUCCGUGAUUCCGACGUCAUACACGCCACCAAGAAGGACAUUCCCUGUAUAUUUAGGAUAACAACAUCUUUGUUGGAACCACCUGGUUUGCGGAAUCACACGUUAAUGCUUGCCGAUACUGAGAGUGAAAAAACUAAAUGGGUAGUGGCCUUGAGCGAACUCCACCGGAUUUUGAAAAGGAAUAAUCUCCCUAAUACUACCAUAUUCCGUGCGAAAGAAUUGUUGGACAACACGUUGACACUUAUCGUCAUAAAAAAUGUGCUGUCCGGGGCAAUUAUCGAUCCAGAUCGUCUAGUCAUUGGCACUGAGGAAGGCCUGUAUUGUUUAGAUUUAGAUCGUAAUGAAAUUGCGAGGGUUGGCGAAGGUAAGAAAAUUCAUUUGUUAGAGUACGUAACGGAGGAACAGUUGAUCGUUGUACUUAGCGGCAAACAGCGACAUGUACGUCUGGUGCCGGUGCGCGCAUUAGACGGCGACGAGGUCGAGUGGAUCAAAGUUGCCGAGACCAAGGGCUGUAUCACGCUCACGACCGGUGUCAUGCGACGCAACCCUUUGACUUACUGCCUCUGUGUGGCUAUUAAAAAACAGAAUGCUUCUCAAGUCAUCAUAUACGAAAUAACGCGUACAAAGGCACGACACAAACGUGUGCGUGAGCUCAUGCUGCCUUGUCAUGCACAAACACUGCAGGUCUUGGCAGAAGGACGUCUCUGUGUCGGAUAUCCCUCUGGAUUUUCGAUAUACAGUCUUUUAGGGGAACUUCACCCUAUUUCCUUGGUCCACCCUGAAAACGCACUUUUAAAUCUACUGACAUACAACGCAUUAGAUGCAUUUAGAUGUAUUGAACUGCAGAGCGGAGAAUUCCUACUAGCAUUUUAUUCGUUAGCCGUAUAUGUAGACAGUCAAGGUAGAAAGAGUCGAGACAGAGAAAUCAUGUAUACAGCAUAUCCUACGGCAGUCAGCUAUUGCGAGGGCUAUCUGUUGGUUUAUAGUGAUACGCACAUCGACGUAUUUGAUUGUCAGGCAGGUGAUUGGCUGCAAACACUCAACGUUAAAAAGGCCAAGCCUCUUAAUACAUCGGGUUCACUUACGACCUGCAUAAUCAACGAUAUGCCACAUGUUAUUUAUUUAAGUAAUUUACACCAACGUGAAUUGUUGAAUCUGGCGACGCUUGAUGCGACCGGCAGACCGAUAGCUAGAACGCGAAGGAAGUUCUCAUUGCGAGAAGGUAAUCGAGCUGUACGCCCGACAGAUCGACGCUCGAAAAUGAUAUCGGCCCCAACGAAUUUCAACCAUAUUACUCACAUGGGUCCUGGCAAUGGUAUUCAAAUUCAACGAUUACUAGAUUUGCCAACAACUUUGGAAACAGCUGACCAGCAGCAAUAUUCUGGAUCGCAUUCAAGCGCCCAUUUUCAUAGUCAACAGCAACAACAACGAGUAUACAGCUCAGCAGUACAACCACCAAACAAGCCAGCACCACUGCCACCGAGACAUCCACCUUCAGAUACCAGACGAUUAAGCUCACACAUGACUAGAAAUUCAGGAUUUUCGCCACAUAAUGGUUCAACAUCAUCAAGAAGAGGACCAGCACCUCCAAGACCAACUGCUACACCGCCUUCGUUGCCACGGUCUCCAGUGGAUCAAGUUGAUUCAGAAUCUUUACAUUUACGAUCGCACACGCCUCAUUCUCUUGGAAGUAUUGCUUCAUUACAAGAUAAGGAGCACGUGUCGGGAGGCAGUCCGCGACACUCGAUAGCCUCGAACAACAGCUCGAAUCCAUCGACACCACCCAGUCCUGCGCACGACCACGGAUCAUCAUCAUAUGACUCUUAAAAGCGCGAUGAGACAAAAACUGUGCUACUGGCCUAAAAAAAUUGAACUUUUUCACGCAGGCUGCUUGAAGAAACACAAGAAUUACAUACGUUUUACACUAAAAAAGAGUAUGCGUGCGCGCAUACGUAAAUAUAUAGCGACAAGCACUCGAACGAUUACGAGAAGAAAAUAAUGAGAUAUUUAUAUCCGUGGUAACGUUUUCUUAGAGGAUGACUUAUAUAUUGCGUUAUAUACACGAUCUUUUACCCGAAAAGUUACCAUAAGAAUUUUUUGACCUUGUAUGUACAGUCUUGAUACAUAUUUUUAAUUAGAUGAGAAAGUGAAGUUGUAGUUGCGAAUGUAACGAAGAUACUAUAUUGCCUAUAUAUAGUAUAUAUAUGGUGUAUAUGUAUAUAUAUAUAUAUAUACACACACACAAACAUAUACUGCAUAUAAGCAUGUAUCGUCUGUACCAUUUUUGAGCGUGCCGUUUUUUUCUAUAACGUUUUAACAAUACAACAAAAAAUAAAAAUAAUAAAAAUGAGAGACUGGCUUCGCUUAGAGGCGAACGAACGGUUUUUGUAAAUUUUUUCAUCUCAUUUCUGUUCACUAACCAUUUUACACCCUUUAUUAUUGAGAGAAUGUAAAAAUGGUAUACAUUAGAAAAAAAAUAUAUAUAUAUUAUAAUUAUAAAGUCGAUUACCUUGCGAAUUAUUUUCUCUACUUUUUUUAGUACAGUAUAAAUAUAUGUUAAUUUAAGAAAAGAAAUUAAGUCGGAUAAUAAUAUAGAUUUUUGGGUGUUUAAUUCAAAUAGUAUUAUAUUAUCGUAUAUUUAUAUAUAUGUUCAACUCCCGAGCUUUAGAUAAUGAAAGUGGUUGCAAUGAUCAGUUUUAAUAUUUUUUUCGCGCUCGAGUGUAAAAUAUAAUAAUUGUAAGAAUAUGAGUUUAAAGGUUUAUUAUGUGGCACGACGAUGAAUUGUAUAUAAGUUAUAUAUUUAAAGUAUGCGAAAUAAUGAUGGGAACGAUUAUUGUAUCGAUAUAAUUAUCAUUACCUCCUCCUCGUUUCAAAUAAUUUAUUUUCUAUUUUCUUUCGCGUGCGCUCUAUGCAGAAAUGAGCGGUGAUUGGCCAAUAAUUGGCUAUACGAGUACAAUACGAGUAUGCAAAUUGAAUGGCAAAAAAUGUGAAAGAAUCCCAGUCAAAUUACUUAGCAAUAAAUUAUCUACUUAAUCUACUCAUUCGGCUUUGAGCUAUGAAGGUAUCAUACACGUAGCCUUUGACGAUAUCUAGCGAAAGAUUAAAGAAAAAUUGUAUAUUACUUUUUCAAGGUAUGACAAAGAUAUCUAUUUGCAUUAAAAAGUGGGAAAAAAGAAAAGAAAUAAACACGAAAUAACAGAAAAAAAUAAAACUACGACAUAUUGGAUCAUGUGUGUAACACCAGUCAAAAUUAAUCAGUAUAGUGAGAUCACACACGUCAUAAUUUUUAUGUAAUUGUAUUAAUUAGUUUACAUUGUGCAAUGUUUAUCAAAAGUUCAUGCGCUGACAAUACAUGACAUAAAAAUCAAUAGAUUUACUUUAAUUAUCUAGAGUUUUACCAUUAUAUGCGUUUUUUCUUUUUUUUUCUUCGCAAAUGAUAAAAGAAAAACAAGUGAUAGGAUGCAUCAUCAUUUUUUUAUAAUAUAUAUAUGUAUGAUUUUGUAGUGAGAAAAAGAUAAUAUAAAUCCAAUGUGCAAAUAGAUUUUAUAUUGGACACAGGAACUUUUAUAAAGUAUAGCAAUUGUGUAAUGAACGAGAUAUUUGAAUAAGUUUUUUUUUAUUCGAUUCAUCAAAGAAAAAUGCAAUAAAAAUCAUGGAAAUUUAUCGGUAGUAUAAUUACCAAAAUUGUACCUGUGUCCAACAAUAUUUUUAAGUUAUUCGUUUGUUCUUUUUUUUAAUUUUUUUAUUGAAAAUGUGCCGUAAUACAUAAUGCUUUGUAUCAUUUUUUCAUUUUAUGUACUUUUGGCAUAAUAAUCACUGGGAUGUUCGUUAAUUUUUAUUAUGUGAAUUAUUAUUUAUCACUUUUGUAUUGUUUUUUUAAUAUUCAACAAGACAACAUUGUGCAAACCAUACCUUUUUGAAUAGAUCAAGCAAUACUGUGCAAAUUUUAUAAUUACCGAUUUAUGUAGAACAGGUAUGCAACGUAGGCAUAAUAGAAAUUUGAGAAUACAGUUGUAAGAGAGAAACGUAUGCAGUAUACAAAUUAUAAUGGAAUCGUAGAGAGAGAACGUUAUUGUAUGAAAAAUGUAUCAAUCACCAGCAUGUUGCUACGCAUAAUAUCGAAGGCAAAUUAAUAAAAGGAUACAAAGAAAUAUUCUAGAAUUAUCAUUGGUUAUAUAAUAUAUAUACGACAAAUCCAACCUGAAAACAUUCAAAGUUCAUGUUAUCAAGUACUUAUCCGGUCGGAUUUGUGCUCCAAUCUAUCUUCCGUCAUUGUUAUUAUAUGCGAGGGUUCUAAAAUCAAAAAUAAAAGGUAUCUGGACGGUAUCACUGUACAUCUUAUGUCGAUUUUGUCAAUUUCACAAAGUCAAUUUGCCAUUCAUAUUUAAAGAACUAUAUAUAAGCAAUUUAAUGUUCAUUUAUAAAAGCAAACGUUGAAGUCGAUUUGUAAAUAAUUAAUCGUAAACAAAACAUUUUCUUUGACUUAAAGACUAUAUCAAGUGCUUAUUUAAAAAAAAAACAACAGAUAAAAUAAAAAACUAUGAUUUUUUACUUGAUUUUAGAUCCCUUAUUGCUAUAUAGAGUGUGUCUAAUCCUGUACACUUGAGUAUCAAAGGAUACGAUGUUACAAAAAUACUUAUAAUAGUAAUUAUAAUAAUAAUAAUUUAUGAUUCACUGUAAAAACUACACUACCAUAUGAUUAUUGUAAUAAUUAUACUUUUGCAUCUUUCCGUUAGGAUAAAGUCGCGUGCAGAUCUUGAAAUAAAAGGAAAUGAUGAAUUGUAUACAAGAAUCAAUGUAUUUUUGUUGUCACAACGUUGCGAGUCAACUCGAUGAUUUUUUUCUUUCUUCUUUACGACCUAUAGUUAAGUGAAAUUAUUUUGCCUUUGUAUGCGCUGCAUAACUAGAACCUUUACUAUUUUGCAUUUUCUUCCGUCUUUUCAUAAACCUCUAGAUUAUAGUAUAAAGCCUUAUAUUAUUGAUUGUGCAAACGCGAUAAAAAGCGAAAAAUUUAUAUUUGUGCAUUGCUUGCAAAAUAUGCAUUGCAUGAAAGGAGAAAUAAUGUAUUGCGCCUUUGUCGACAAUUCUGUUGAAUAUUUUGCACGUGAUUUUUUUAAAAUCAUGCGAAUACGUUUGUUCAUGAUAUGAAAUAUAAAGGAGAAAAAGUAAAUAAACAUAUGUAUAAGGGAAACAUUAUAGUCAAUCGGGUCAAUUUUGCAUUUACUACUUAAAACGAAAACGAGAAGAAAACCCAAAAUGAGAAAUGCGUGCAAUUUAAUGAAAUACUGCGGUCUUCGGCAUUUUAUAUGACGUAGUGGAGAUGUUUAAGUCACUUUCCACGCAUUUGAGAGGUAGAAAACGUAUCAUAAACGAAAUAUUUAACGGGACGUUUCGACAACAAUAAGAAAAAAUUACAUAGAGCUUUAUUUGUAAUGUCUUGUAAUCGUAUUUACAAGAACUAUAACGAUGUAUCUAAACUGAUUAUAAAAAAAUAGCUAAAAUAAUAAAAACGCAAAGUUGAUUUCUUUUA